CACUCAGCUGAAGGUAACAUCAUGGCGUCCGGAUCAGGAGAGCAGCCCUCUGGACACGAUGCAGAACUGGACCAAUUAUUGGACAGUGCGCUCGAUGACUUCGACAAGACCGCUGCCCCUCCGGCCCCUGAGCCUGGAGCUCCUUCCGCCUCAGCCAACAGUGGAGCAGAGAAGCCGCCCCUGCUCGAGGACUGCAAGCUCUUCGAGGCUCUCUUCGAGGGAGACAUGGCUGCCCAAGCCAAGGAGGAGUGGGAGAAAGCCAUGACUGAGCUGGCCCAAGAGGAGCCAGAUCUGCUCCAGCACUUUCAAAAACUGUCAGAGGCUGCAGGCAAAGUCGGCACUGACACCGCCUCCCAACAAGAAUUCACUUCCUGUCUUAAAGAAACUCUGCGUGGCCUGGCCAAAAAUGCAGACAACCUGCAGUCCACAGGACUCGCUGGAGACGAUCUCGUCAAGGCUCUCGAAGGCCUGGGAUUGGAUGAGGGUGGUGAAGCGGGCGGUGAGGAAGGAAACAUCCUGCCCAUCAUGCAAUCCAUCAUGCAGAACCUUCUCUCUAAGGAAGUACUGUAUCCAUCUCUCAAAGAGAUAACUACCAAGUACCCAGAGUGGUUGGAUGCCAACAAGCCGAGCCUUAGCCCCGAGGACUACCAGCGCUACGAGCAGCAGGCCAAGAUCAUGGGAGAUAUCUGUAAGCACUUUGAGAGGGAGGAAGAGGCGGCAGUAGAUAAAGACGGAAAGUUCGACAACAUCAUGGAGCUGAUGCAACAGCUACAAGAUCUGGGCCAGCCACCGAAAGAGCUAGCAGGAGAUGCGCCUCCCGGCUUUAACUUCGACAUGGAGUCCCUCAAUCUCGCAGGAGGCACCGGGGCGGCCGGAGCGGCGGAGCAGUGCUCCAUCAUGUGAUGAGGAGACAUCACGGUCCGUCAGAGUCACUUAGGCCAGGAUCACUCUGUGUGUGCGUCAGCGACAGGGAGGGAGUGAUGGAAGGGUGGCAGAGUGUGACGCGAAAGUCAGACGGGAGUGUGAUCAGACCGUCGACACUGUUCCCCCUCAUGUUGAAGCCGUAUGGAGGAAGAGGAGGAGGAGGCAGGACAAAAACAACCAGGAACCCACACACAAAAACACACAAACACACUCUCUACUGUCUAAAAUCACUGAACGCAUAACUGAGAACAUUUUAACAUGUCUGCGUUAAUUUGUCAGCGGUUGCCAUAGCUCCCUUCACGGUUUGAUUUACUGCAUUCCUUUCAAAUGAGAAAGACUUCCUUUCAAGUUGAUUUUUUUGUUUUUUUUUACAAUACUGUUUAGCCUCGCGGUCAAAUUUAGCAAACCACUUCACGGGUAUAAACAGUGCCUUUGCAAACACACUCUUAAGUCAUUAUUUUAGGCCUCCUCAUAAGGUUGAAGUUCUGCUACCCUUCCGCUAAACACGCAAGAUUAUAGUUUUGAAAGCGGUGUGAAUUUGCAAUAUUUCGACAUCCCUGGUUUACACCGAGUUAGCGAUCCGUUAAUGUAGUUACUUCAUUAAACUUUAGCACUCACCUGUCUCUGAACAGGCUGUACAGGAGUCGACUUAACGAGUUAAUGACUUAUUAACAUGUAAAGAAACUGGAAUUAAUAAAAAUGAGUGUACAUUGUUAAUUAUUUAAAGAAUGAAAAAAGAAGAGUAGUGAGCAUUGAACGCCUCACAUGAGAUUCCCAGCACCUACUGUAAUUAAACCAGCUAAUGUUUCCAUUCCCCCCCCCCCACCCCCUCGAGUGUUAAUCCCCAUUUCUAGGUAUUGAUUUGAAGUGAUUGAGAUGAUGAUUCCUGGAUGCCUUUGCUGUGGUUACAGUGAUCAUUAUAGUGUAGAGUUACUGUGCAAAGUGCUUCCCAUGUGAUCCCCAGUGUUUUUUAAUGUGAAGAGUGACGUUUUCUUUUAAGUAUGGGGAAGAAAAACACUUUUAGUGACAUUCAAGAGUGUUUACUGAUCUGGUAGCAUCACAUUACUUGCAGAGAAAUACAUGUUGCCAGUGGACAGGUAGAUUACUUAGCACGUUGAAUUGUAUCAGAUUAGGAGAGAAACAUCCAUAAUUCAUGCGAACGCACUGUUGGGUAAAACAAAACAGCCUGAUGUUAGCACAUUUUAGCCAUAGCUAGUGGGUUUGUUUACUCCAGCAGCCACUUUUCACCGGAUGCUUUUUCCAGUAGACAAAGGUUUUUACCACCACGACUAUACAGACAGGUCUAGAAAUCAUGCAGCAAAACAAGGCAGGCAGGCUGGUCAGCAGCACAUCACUAACUGUAAAAUAAAGGGGUACUGAAAGGAGUCAGUCAGCCAUGCACUGAAGAGAGACCAGAUCCACAUCACACACACACACACACACACACACACACACACACAGUUGAGGCUGCUGUGGAGGUCCCUGUGGUUUUUAUCACGGUGGGAUUCAAUCUAUUCAACUCUCAGGACCGACACAAACAGGCCCAGAGCAGUGGUACAAAAUGCAACCCGUUAUUGACACUAUUUUUUGUUUUGUUUUGUUGUACUUUGUAAAUAUAUCAAAUAAAAUAAUUAUAUAA